GUGAACUUAUAUGUUUUAUUAGCCUAAGACAACUUUUAAGAAAUUACUUAACGCCUUUAAAUAGGGGUUUUUUCGAAUGAUUACGUCAUUCGCGAGACGGAAGGCCUUAUUCAACCCUCACAGUGACGUCAGAUGUGCGCGCCUGAGACGGAAUCUUGAGACUAACAGGAAAACAGCAGAAGCGUUUUGUUGUAUUUUCUGAAAAAGAGUCAAAAUGCCCAAAGUAAAGAGGAGUCGAAAGCCUCCCCCAGACGGCUGGGAACUCAUUGAGCCCACUCUGGACGAGCUGGAUCAGAAAAUGAGAGAAGCUGAAACGGAGCCACACGAGGGGAAGCGAAAGGUGGAGUCUCUCUGGCCAAUUUUCAGGCUGCAUCAUCAGCGGAGUCGAUACAUCUACGACCUCUUCUACAAAAGGAAAGCCAUCAGCAGAGAGUUAUAUGAGUAUUGUAUAAAGGAAGGCUAUGCAGACAAGAACCUCAUUGCAAAGUGGAAGAAGCAGGGCUACGAGAAUCUGUGCUGCCUGCGUUGCAUCCAAACACGAGACACCAACUUUGGAACCAACUGCAUUUGCAGAGUCCCCAAGAGCAAGCUGGAAGUUGGAAGGAUCAUUGAAUGCACCCACUGUGGAUGUAGAGGAUGCUCUGGCUAACCCUGAUCAUUGUUAAUUUUUAUUUCGGACUUAUGAUUGAUUUUUCUGUCAGACAUUGGGAUUCACUCUCACAACCCUGAAGCAACAUUAUACUUUUGGAGUCGCCUUCAUUUAAAUUGAUCCACUCACCCUAAGGUGAGUGUAGGGGGAAAUUGAGAAUGCACCAUGAGGGGCCAUAUUGUCUUAAUUACAUUAUUUUUCCUUUUUUUUUUUUUUUUUUAAAUCCAAAUAAACUCCAAAAGAACAAACUUAAGAUCAGUUGUUUCUGGAUCAGGUCAUUCCAGCUUCUCAGUGUUGAGCUCAUUUCUAAUGUGUGUUUUUUCCAUUUAUAGGGCAGUGUUUGAAUUUUUGCUUUAAUUCUUAUAGUUCAUCACUAUUGUAGUGCAGUUUUAAAUAAAGCGUUUCAAACUG